GGCACGAUCGAAUGAAACGUUUCGAGAAAUUUGUGUUACGGUAAUAUGAAUGUAAAAAAAGACGUGACUUCACGUUCGCGAGCGAGCAAAGGAGCGCGGUCGAAUCUGUCGGAUCCGUGCACUCCAAUUUCCAAAUCCGCGCCGCCGCUCGCCCGGCGAGGACGAGCCGCGAGCGUGCGCCGCGGAUCGAGGCGAGUUCGCGCGUAGCGUAGACUGUAGACGUCAGCUCGUCGUCGGCCGUGGGAGUCGUGGGACUCGUGGGAGACGUCCUUGAUUACUACAUCGCGCCACCACGCGAGGCGGUGGAGGCGUAACGCUCCGGACCCUAGUGUGCCGAGCGCGACAUGUUCCGGGACGGCCAGUAUCUGGAGGUGAUCAAGGCCCCGAACGAUUGUCUGGCGACUGCCGUGGUCACCGUGCAGGAAAGAACGGUGGAGAUCAAGAAUCAGAAGGUCAUCACGAACAAGUGGCUGCAAGUCGAGGACUGGGCGGCUCUCUAUAAGAUACUGGAGCGAGCGGUUCUGCGAAACGGCCGUCAGGAUGAUGGAUCGCAUCGCGAAGGACAGGGAUGCGAGUGGAGAAAGUCGACUCGUCAGCUGGAAGUCACAUACACUUUCGAACACCCAGAAAACGCAAGCGGCUUGCCGUCUUUACCCACGAUCAAGGUGCACGUGUCACCAGCCCGGAAGAAACCGGUGAAACGAGAACCAGAUAACGAGACCUCGAAGAGGAGCAAAGUGAAAACGAAGGACGACGCAACGAAACGAACGAAAGAAGAAAAAUCUUCCGUUCAAACGUUGACAAAAAUUGAUCGAUUGAAGAAGACACCGAAGAAAUCGGCGCAGACUACCCCGAAAAAGACUGAGACUCCGAGCGCUACAGCGAAGGAGCCGAAAGGCCUGAAGAGGAAAAAGAGCGCAUUGGAAAAUAUGCGAUUAACGUUGAACGAGUACACGCCGACUCUGUGCGAAGGCAAAAGCCUUGUCCCGGAAAAUGUGAGCUACGUGCCGAAUUCCGUUAAGAAAUUGGAGACGAAUUACGAGAUUUACGAACCAUGCGCCACCACAGUGAUACCCGACAGCGUUUUCGAGGAGUACGUGCCUAAUUCCAAGGGUCUCAACCCCUCCAUAGAAGAGUAUGAGCCUGACUUCAAAUUCCCGAGCAAACUGAUGAAGUUCGACGAUAGUUAUGUGCCCUCGAGCGUACGACGAAGCGUGCCAAAUGACUCGAAAAAAACUCCGAGCAAGCAGGAGAAGUCGAAGCUGCAGAAACUAGAGGCUCGUCGAAAGAGAGCAGUAGACAAGAAAAAGAUGAUUCUUUUCUCGUGAGAUACACAUGUACGAAGUGUUCAAGCGUAGCUGUAAGCGACUAAAGAAAGUUUUG